UCACUUUAUAUACAACUUGUAUUUACGCAAGAACCAGAAUCCAUCCAUCAAUCUUAUAAUCUCUGGCAAGUAUGGACACUCAUUCUACAAACAACUAUGAACUCAUCCCCAAUGUUGACGAACAAGAUCCCUUUGUUUUUCUUUCACAACUUCUUUCACUGGAUGUAGGGAUGGACUGGGAAAAUGAAAUGGCCAUUCAGGGGGAUUUAAUGGAGGCGUUUCCCUUAAUGGAAAGCUUAACUGAUCCUUUGUAUACAUCAAUGGAUAUUGUUUCAACCCCAGCGGUGACUCAAGUGGAUGGGGUAUCUUGCGAUUAUGGAAACGGGUUUAGCCCGAUGAGUGCGUUGGGUCCUUCAUUUGAUCCUGAGAAACAACACGAACUAAUGUUUUGUAACAAUGGUGGAACAUUUUCAGAAGCGAAACUUGAAAAGAAGGAAAUUAGAAGGGGCAAAGAAGUUGGGAGAACUGGAAGUCCCAAAUUAUUGUCAAUAGAAAGUAUUUCGAAGUACUUUUACAUGCCCAUAACGAAAGCAGCUAAAGAACUUAAUGUUGGUUUGACACUGCUGAAGAAAAGAUGUAGAGAGUUGGGAAUCAAAAGGUGGCCUCACAGGAAGCUUAUGUCGCUUCAAACCCUAAUCAAGAAUGUCCAGGAGUUAGAGGAUGAAGAGGGGAAUGAAGGGAAAUUGAAAGAAGCAGUAGAGGUGUUAGAGAGAGAGAAGAAAAUGAUGGAGGAGCUGCCAGAUUUACAAAUGGAGGAGAAAACUAAAAGGCUGAGACAAGCGUGUUUCAAGGCCAACUACAAGAAGAGGAGGGCGAUGGUAAUGGGAUUGAUGGAUUUAGUGCAAGAUUCCUGUAGUAGCAGCGGCGGUUCAGUGUACAAGAGUAAUCAUGAAGAAGAUGAAGAACUUAGAGCCCUCUUUUCCGAUUGUUCUUCCUACAAUACUAAUUUCUAAGAAUUUUCUUUUUAGCAUUAGUUUCUGGAUCUAGUUAGUAUGUGUGAAAGAUUAUUAUUUUGUUUGUUUAAAUAUAAUAGUAGUGAUGUUCAUGUAUGUUUAUAUAUCAGCAGGCACUUGAGAAAUCAGUUGAUCAAGUGUUACACAUGUACUA